GAUAUUACGGUAAUUUCCGAUUAGUUUUAAAGGAUUCUCGGACGAACCAUCUCGACGACCGCUUCGUCGUCUUGGCGGAAAAGGUUUGGGAUGGAGACAGCUGUUUUGUUGAUACGGCAGCAUCCGAAACAGCGCAUCACGUGCGGAGCGUGUAGCGGUGCGUAAUGGGAAACGGACAGUGAAGAUCCAGCGUAGCUAAAGAAUUCAUCAAUUGACCGUAGUCGGGCACUGCUAGGAUGCCACAAUCGACUAACCAGCAGGGCAGCGGUGUGAGAGUCAGUGGCUCUAUCCAACAACCAUCGACAGCGGUGGCGAAUGGUAGUGAGGGUAUGCUGGUGUGCAGUGAGACGACGAUGCCUGGAGUUGGUGGCCACGGAACAAGUGUUACUCCAAGAUCGAGACCCAAGCCGCCCUGUUCGACAACUCCUUCUAUCGGGCUAACGCUUGCUCCGAUUUCGCUGAAUCCCUCUCCGAAAAACGUCAUCUCGCCUGUUCCCGCUGCAACGGUAGAGAGUGAAAGGUUUAUAGCCAACUUUGAUGACAAAUUUCUUGGUGCCUCGGUGCCUCGUCAGAGUCCCGCAUCCAUGGAAGGAGAUUCCUCCUCGUUCAGGUUCAAGGCUCCAUCGAAUGCAGUAUCACCUGCAACUCUGUUAUCACCGUUCGAACAGGAACCCAUGUCAACCUCUACGACAACGGUUUCCGUUCGGCCGCGACCGACGGCGCUCAACCAUACACAACAUCAGCAACACCAGCAACAAAUCUUGAGCAAUUCCAACAGUGAAAAAUCGCUCGUGUCACCAUUAUCCGGAUCAUCGACCUGGAAUCCAUUCGGUGACCCGUCACCCUUCAGUCCCAUCUCUACCCUGACUGAAGAUCAGCUUUUUGGAGCCGAGUUUGAUAAGUUGAGGCUAGAAGGAAGCCAAACGUCGAUCGUCACCUCACCGGAGGAGAUGAAAUCGGAUCGUUGUGUACCGUAUUGGAGCACUGGUCAGCGCACUUCCCUGUCACAGGCCCUCUCGACAGGGAUGCUGCAUGCGACAGCAGGGGGAGAGCAUAGCAACGGGGCUGGAGUUGGAACGGGGAAGGCCGGAGGGCUACAGUUAGAGGAAGAUCCGUUUGGAUCCGCACCGUUUACGUUGCCAAAACGUUUCAAACAAAAGAGCAGCUCCUCGAAGCUGGCUUCGAAGCUGAGCGAUCGAUGGCGUAAUGCCGUCGGAGGACAGGGUGGAAAGGAGAGUUUAAUAGAAUGCACGCCUGUCGAGCCGUGCAGCUCGAACGGGAUCGAUGCACGACCAGGAUCGACGACGAAGCACAAGGAGCUCGCGAUCGACAAAUCCGUGCUGCUUGGCGGGGGACCAAAGAAUCUGAAACUGGAAGAUCUUAUUACUGGCGGAGAGAAGGAUUCUCCCAGCUUCAUCAAGCUACCGCUAGAUGAUAGGAACAAGUACGAGAAGCUCAAUUCGAACGAUAUCACUUCGGAUGAUAGUGAUUCCGAGUAUUAUGCAGAAUCUAUGGGAUCAGUUGGUGGCCCUGGUAUGGGGGCGGUUGGUGGCGGUGGUCCCUUGGGGGCCAGUGCCCUCAACAGCUCGAUCGGAGUGCACGCGGGAAGUGUGAAGAAGCACAGCUUUAAGCAAUUCGUCGAGAGCAACAUUCCUGAGAAACUGCAAGCAGUUUAUCAUAAGGUAGAUAAGAGCCAAAUUAAAAAUGUCCAAAUCGUGAAGAAACUACGAAGCAAGGUUGUGCACGGUACUAAGGAUGGUACCACGGUGGCCGGUGGUGCGUCAAACGCUACGAAAGGAAACAAGGGAAAAGCGGGGAAGCGUGUGGGUAGGAAUGGAGGAGCACAACAGCAAGAGCAUGGUGUGGCCACGACAGAGGGCAAUCCCUCGGAUGAUGAGGAUUCCAUCGGUUCGGCGUCCGAUCUGCGGGCCAAUGAUGAUUUUCUCGAAGGAGAUGAACCCGAACCGGUGCCCGCCAAUGGACGUGCGAAGAAGAAACCAUUUGUCCGUGGUGGAGUGUACGGUGGAGAGGGUAGUGUAGACGAUUGCAUCAGCGAAAGCAUCAAAACAUGUGGUUCAAGUGCCUAUCAUGCGGAGUGCGAAAGUGUGACCACUAAUGAGGACAAUAGCAGCCGCAUCGUUACGCGAGUUCGCGUUAAGAAACGGGAACAUCUGGAUUCCAAGCAUAGCGUCAUCGAUGAGAAUGAUUCCGCGGAAGAGGACAUGAUACAAGGUGAAAAGCCAUUGCUGCUAGACGAUGAGCUCGACUACGAAUCUGCUGCCGAGAACAAUACUUGUGGUGAAGAAGUUCUUAUCGAUCCCUUUACACCGGAAGAUGACGCUGAUACCACGAUUAAGCAGCAACGGCACCAUCCUGUCCAAGAAUCUCACGAAGAUGAUGAAGGUGAAGUCGAGCUGGAUCCAUUCGCUUUGGCACCGUUCCGCAAACCGUUCGUGCCGAAGCGUACAAACAAUUUGAACAAGUUUUUACCCGAAGUGCAACCGAUUCCGGAAAACUAUUCGAUUGCAGCUAUUCCUCUCCAGCACCAGCAGCAGCAACAACAAUCGAAUUCGAAUGCUGUGGCUACCAACGAUUUUAUGACCUCAACUCCAAUAAAACCCUCGAACACGGUGCACGCGAUCGCUGGUGAUCUGUUCGUAAUCGAUGCCCCCACACCCGUGGCUAGCGACACGAUGACGGUUCCAUCGAUCCGUGAGAAAUCUCCAAAUGCUCGACGGGAUCUAUUCGGUUCGGAACCGUUUCCUUCUGGUUCGUUGGCCUCUGUUUCGCCGGGUUUUGUGGCACCGCCACCCUUGAAUACCACAAACCUUCCUCAGGAAUCUAUAGUGCCUCUGGUUUCCAUUGAACCCGGUACCGUCUCGUUGACGCAUAUGAUCCCACUGGUAAAGAGUCCAGUCAUUCCGGCUAUACCCGCACCACCACCCGUGGCCUCACUAACGACCGUUAUACCGGCACUGCAACCGAACGUGGUUCCUCCGUUCAAUUACAAUCGUCAACAAACCACAACUUCUUCCGCGAGACGUAACUAUGUCAACUACAGUCAAAUACCGGCCCACAGCUUGGGUAAAAUUUCACCGGACAACAACUACGUUAACUUCCAGCCGGACGACGAGCUGGAUGAUGAUGUGCGUAAUCUCAAGUCGGACGAUUACGAAGACAACAGCAGCGAUACGGUGGUGAAGGUUUCGUCGAAGGGAUUUCUAAUGAAAAAGCAAAAAGUAAAGUACAACCAUCUGCAGGAGAAAAGCAGCGCUGGCCAUCACCAUCAUCAUCAUCAUGGUAAUGGAGAUGUGGUAAAUUUGAACCUCGGUCAACCAUCCUCUUCUGCCACACUUGGGCAGAAGGUUAAAGCGAACGUUAGUGGAUACCGCAAGGUGCUCGGUGAAGGGAGUGUAGUUGGCGGUGGGAAAAACAAAAAGGAUGAUCAAACAUCAUCGAAGCAACCGAAGCUAAACAGCAGCUCAUCGAAAGCGAGCAAGGCUAUGGGAUUCAGCAACAUGAGUUUCGAGGAUUUUCCCUCGGAUGAGCUGACUGAUGAAGUGGCUAUGGUCGCCGAUGCUACGCGAUUAACUGGUGUGCCGGCGUCGUCAGGUAGCAAGCUUAUGAAGAUGGCACCUUUCGAGGUGAUUCGCAACGAAAAGAUGCUGCUUGAGGCGGAGAAAAAGUUCGGUUCGCUCAAGCGUCGCAGUAAUCCAUUCUCCUGAUUGUAUGCCGAGGGCUACAAGAAACGGAAGUGAAUGCUGCGGGCGUGGUAGGGUAAAAGGAUGUUAGCAUGCUAAAUGUAGCAGUGUAUCGUUAGGAUGUGUAUCUAUGUAGGAAUCCGUCUAUAAAACGUAGGCAGCUAAUAUGUUUAUUUAUUCAGCCAUCUUUUUCUCUCCAUCUUUUAAGCGAUCCUCAACGCGCAAUGCGUUGUUCGUUCUGUAUACGUGAAGAUCAGAUUCCAAGAUAUUGCUCUGGAUGUCUGGGAACAAGCAGUAGACCUGCUGUGUGUUUACAGCCUAUGUAUCUCGGAGUAUUUAUGAAUAUUCUUUUAGAAGCGAAAACCAGAAAAAUGAAGCUAGUAUCGAACCACAGAAGCGAAGGAGCCGUAACUUGAGCGGGGACUGAUAAGCGAACUGAUAAGUGAAAAAUAGGGCUUUUCUCGUUAUUACAAGGACCGCACUACAUCAUACUAUUAUUAGUCUGCACGACUGAGUUCUCCGGGAAGGUGUGGGGAAAUGGCACAAUUUCCCUCUUCCAUCGCACAGAACAGUAUAAAUGUAUUUAUUGAUAGUAUCAAAAACCAUGCGCGCUCUAUUCGGGAAUUUCGUUUCGCCUCUUCCACUUAGUUUGCGUUCUAGUGAUACAACCGAUUCAAAUCAAUCAAUCAAACAAACACAGUAUGCCAACUGAAUCGAAUUAUUGGCUGCUUUUUAGGAGAUAUCUGUGUGAACGCGCCACAGCGCCACUACUGUACCGGUAUGGAAAUAGAGACAGACUUUGCAUUUCACCAAAAACCAAUGGAUACCCUUGCGGAACUCGCGACUUUUGGAGACUGGACUAUGGGAGAACCAAUCUGAACCUGCAAACCUCUUGCCUCGUUUGUUAAGAGUGAAAACUUGAAUAUAUUCAAUAAACGCAGUCGCUUGACUAUCCGUGUAUACAUAAACAAAUAUAUAUUUAUAAAA